GAUUGAUGGAUCUGAAUCUCACAAACACACAACUUAGUUUCAAGUCAAUCCCUAACCAUGCCACAACAUUGCGAUUGUAUUUUACGUGCAUUUGCAACACGCUUGAUGCCGAUAUGUGUUUGCAGCACCAGCACUGAACUUCUACGGAAUCCUGUAAUGGCAGAUGAACUUGAAAACAUACUAACUAAGAAGUUUCUCAGAAUUUUGUCAAUGAGGGCAGAAGCAUUUCAAGUGCUAAGGAGAAAGCCAUUACAGGUAUAUGGUUUUAUCUUACUGCCUUUUGGAUGCAUAAUGCUGCUUGGGAAACUCAACAAUUUUCAAUCAACUUCAGAAAUCAUCAGUUUCUGAAUAAUUCAUCUAGAGGUAGUAAGAGUUUGCUAUUUAUUGGCAGAAGAAUGUUGUCCUUGAGAUUCAAGCAGUCUCUAAUCAAGUACGGAAGGCACCUUUCUGAGGAACUAGCCUGUGGUUUAAGGGGAACACAUCAAGAAGUAAAUUGUAAAUUUCCGAUAAAUUUUAGCAUUGAUUUGAUUUUCUUUUAUGAUUAUGCAAAUCCUAUACUUUAAAUUGUAUUUA